GCACGGGCGCGCGCCGAAGCAGUGUGCAGAUGUGUCGCAGAUUUUGUAAAGUCACUGGACUCACACUCACACACACUCACACACUCACACACACUCACACACACUCACACACAGCACGAGAAAGUGGCUCCGCUUGAACUGACAGAACAACGACUCUGCUGAGGGAGGACAACCGGGAGGGUGAGGACUAAACACGGGGGAAGCGGAGUUAGUGCAGGAGGAGGACGCUACUUUGACGGCGGUGCUCGGUGAUGGAGCUGUCAGCGAUCGGAGAGCAAGUGUUCGCUGUGGAAUCGAUCGUGAAGAAGAGAGUGAGAAAGGGGAAUGUGGAGUAUCUGUUGAAGUGGAAAGGAUGGCCUCCAAAAUACAGUACAUGGGAACCUGAGGAACAUAUUCUGGACCAGCGCUUGGUGCAGGCCUAUGAAGAGAAAGAGCAGAGAGACAGAGCUCUGGGUCACAGGAGGAAAGGGUCAAAGACCAAAAGACUCGAUCUGCAGAGCACCGUCUACACCAUGGACCUGCGCAGCGCUCACAAGAUCCCUGAGAGUGCCCCGCCUCGCCUGCGUCUCUCGCUGACGCGCUCGCUGGUCCCAGAGGACGAGGACGAGCCGUACGUACCACAACUGCAGCACCACAAAUGCAAACCUGGGAGUUCGCAGUUCACCUGCCUGGACUCAAACCCUCCGAGUCCAACACAAGAGGACUGGGAAGGCCUGGGAGAAGAAGAAGGGGAGGAGGAUGCAGAAGACGAGGAGGAUAGGGAGGAGGAGGUGGCUCAGAGGGAGACUACAGAAGGCAUUCUUAAUGAGAGGACAGACCGGUGGAGCUCCGACAUCGCACCGGACGAGGUCACCGCUGUAUCGGAGAAACCGGACAACGUCUGGAGGCCCGUCCACGGCCCGGGAGGGGUGACGGUCACGGAUGUCACCCUGAAGUCCCUCACAGUGACUUUCCGCGAGUCAAGGGUGGCCGAAGGCUUCUUCAGACACUGGGGCCUGGAGGUCUGAAAUGUGUGGUUGUCCGGGGGGGCUCUGUAGGAGGCACUGGCUUUAAUCACAGUGUGUAAAUGGUUAAGGGACAAGGUUGGUGUUUUCAUUCCCUCUCUGCAACCUCUCACUCUCCCCACUGCCAGCUGAGACUGGUCAGUGGCACGUUUACAUGCACAGAGUCAUCCGAGUGUAAGCAGAACUUCAAGUAUUGUUGACCUGGACAUUAUAUAAGGUUAUAAUUAGUUUGAGCUGUUCGCCCUUGAUAUAUUUAGACUGAAUUGCCUCUAAUUAAAAGGCCAUUAGAUAGUUAUAAUGAUCUGUGGCGUCUAUGGGCGACCAAAGGAAAUGUACAAACAUGGACGGCUAACUGCGGUCGCUAAUUAGCCCAAACGAUUCUCCACAGAGAGUAAUAAUGUAGCUCAUUAGAGCAGAGAUCCAACAGAAGCAUCGAGUGAAGAGGUAACAUUAUAUCACCACACUAAAAAAACGGAUACUUCUGUUGUUUUGGCCUGUUAAUGUCUGUCGAAGAAAAAAUGUGGGACCCAGGCUGAUGCACUGAGAAGCACUUGUCGACACUGGAGGACCAGAUCUGGCCCAUUUGUAGAUUUUGAAGCUGCAGACUUGAGGAACCAGUUUCGGUAAGCAGGAGUCGGUCCAGUUUGACCAUCGACCAUAGCUCCUUAUUUUUGCAGGAUUAACAGCAUGGACCUUAAAGGGAUAGUUCACAGAAAAAUCAUUUUCAGAGCUUUCUUCUCUAAACUUUAAAAGAGUUGUAGAAAGGUUUAAUUCUGAAAUGUCAGAAUUUGAGAGAAGAACAAGUUCCAUAAAAUUGAACUUAAAGCUAGGCUUGGUAAUGCUAGAAAAAAUAGCAUAUGCAGGUUACUCUUUGAAAAUGUACAUCCGGUACAGUUUCUGACAGACAGGUACUCAGACAGCGUCUUUUUUUCUGGCGUUAUUUAUUGAUGGCUAUUGGGACAUGAAGAGAAUUUCGACAAAUAAGAUAAAAAGUAUCUCAGUAACAACUUACUAACCUAACCCUAAAGUUCACUAUACAGCACACAUAAGUACCAAAAACAAAAGAAGAGUCCUCUGUGCAUGUAAACUCAGCCACUAACGUUCAAACAUUCUGUACAUACUCUUAAUACAGGGAGGUGGACGCAGCUGUAAGUCCCAUACUAACAUGCAGCCCUGUGCCGCUGUACAGCACACGGCUCAGUCUCGUAUGCGUUUCAAACCCCCUCCUAGAGAAGUCCUACAGUUCUGUCAGUGUUAAGAUGGUGUCGUUUAUCCCUACACCUCGCUCCUCAUCGCAAAAUAUACAAAUCACCAUAAAAGUGACCACUCUGUCUUGUACCAAAAGUAGACUUGAUAAUAUAAUGAAAUAAGAGUUUGCACUGUAUUUACAUUACAUCGACUGUUUAUAAAGACGGACCACGCAUCUCCACUUCCUCCCACUAUUCAGAAAUGAAGCCAAAAUAUCCUGGAUACAAAUGCUGCCAUCUUGCUUAUUUGGAGCCAGAGUCAGGGGGUGGAGCCACAGUAUCGAGGUCCUGCCGAUACUCAGCUGUCAAUCAUGACGUUUCACCCUGCUGUUUAUAGCAUCAAUAAAACCACAUCUAACAGAAAAACAUCAAUUCCACUUGGCUGUUAAAAGAUAUUAUAUUCAGAUGUGUAGUUGUAAAAAUCUAACAAAUCAGUGAGAAGGAUCAACUCAGUGAUUCCUGACCAGGACGUGGGCUUGUGGUGAGGGCUUGUUUAUAACAAGAAAAUGAGUAAUUCAAAGAUUAUUCAAAUUAAACACACAGUUCCAAAAAACACUGGAAUGCACUGACUUGGAGAGUUUUCCAGAAAGACCCUCUUUGCUUUGAAUUAUCAUUCGAUGAUGUAACAUGAAGAAGAAGUACAAAUUCAUUCAUCAGCUUAAAAACAGCAGCGGACAAAACUGUCUCAACUCAUGGUCUGUUUAGAAGCUGUUUCUGCCGCUUUCGAUCAUCAAUAUACAGAGUCUCCUUAAAAUUUCUAAAUUCAUUGUUAGCAAUUUUAAAAAAGUAAAAGCCCCAAACUGACGCCAGUAUAUCUUUGUAAGCCUGCCGGCGUCCUGUCCAUUGCACACAGGAGCUAAAGUGAUGAGUCAUGUCUGUGGAAUGUCCCGCAGUGGCCUCUCAUUGGUCCACAGGUUGUUUAUCCCACACUAAGGAUGAUGGGUUAGUGUCUCAUGAUCCCAGAGCUGCGUCUGUGUGAUAGUGAAGCUGCAGGGAAUGAAAGUGCCUGAUGCUCCGUAACAUUGUUGUUGUUUUGCCUGUAGAGCUAUUAGGGCUAAUGUGUCUCUCUCCCUCUCUGUCCUUUACACACACAAGCCAUAGACUGUAUAUAAAGAUGGACGUCUCUCCACUUCUUCCCACGAUCUGGAAAUGAAGCCAAAAUAUCGAGGAUAUGAACGCUGCCAUCUUGCACAUUUGGAGCCAGACUCUGCGCAGUAGUGUCAGGGGAUUGAAAGUCAAUGUUAGUCUACAUCCACAUUACUACGUUUUUGAACUUCCUGAAAUGACAAAAACUCAAAAAAAAGUUAAUUUUCACUUGUCCGUGUCUCUUUUACGAACAUGGAGGAGGUGGGGUUUAUGACAGAUACUGCAGCCAGCCAACGGGGGGGUGGUCGAGACCUUUUGGCUUCACUUUUGGAAAGAAAUCAUGUUGACCAUCUUUAUAUACAGUAUAUGAUAUUAACACACACACACACACAGUUAAAGGUUGUUGGUCUCUGUGUGUCUGGAUGUACGAUGACCUUGACAAGACUUGCAGAGGAGUCGUUAAAAAAGGAGGAAGAAAAAGAGGAAGGGGCCACAGGGAGACAACAUGUAUUUUUUAGUCCUUAUUUUUCUACAUUGACCUGAAUGUAUAUUUAUUCUUUAAAGAUACCUGUGUAUUUGUCACGCAGAUGAUGGAAUAGUUUUUAUACGGUUUGUGAUAACCACUGAGCUUGAUGCUAUAUCUAAAUGUGACAAAACAAGCGCCCUGGAUUUGACGUCGUCUACCCGUGGUCGCUUGUGCUGCUUUACCGAGCGAAGAACCUUGCACUUUAUCGUGACAUUACCUGCUCCAGUCUACUAAGUGUCACUGUGUAUAGAAUAUUUCUAUGGUAAUACUAAAAAUAAAUGUUGCUCAUGUUUGAAAUAGUUUUUAUUGAAUGUGUCCUGCUUCCUCAC